AAACAAUCGCCUGGCCAUUGAUGUGGGAGGAGUUACUUCCAGCUCUUUUUUUUUGGGGAACUGAAACCGAAGCUCAAACGAAACAACUAGUUUCAAAAUCACUCAAAUUUCCCCAAGCGAGGGAAAGAUGUCUUCGCUCAGUAACAAAUCUGCCCAGGAAAUUAGCGAGCUGUUGGAUGAAUACGGGAUCAAGCAUGGCCCUGUGGUCGACUCCACCAGAGGUCUCUAUGAGAAGAAACUGAGAGAAGCCAUGGCCAAAGGGAAGAAAUCCAGGCCAUCUUCUGAUAAAACCUAUUACAGGGAGGAAGAGGAAGAAGUCACCUACGUUUACAGGACACCAACCAGAACUGAUGCAUCUGGAGACAUUGGAGCUUACAUGAGGCCAUCAAAGCCAGAGUGGGUUGAGAAGGAGUUUGAACAAGAAGCUUCCUACUACUCACGGUCCACAUCUGGAGCUGGAAGAAAGGAUUAUGUUGAUGAGCCACGCAUGUAUGACAGUCCGUCCACGUACAGAAACUCCUCUCUAAAAGCAACCCCCAUGAAAUCAGGUCAAGAUGCUCCAAAGAAACCAAAGUCCUCUCGCCUCAUUCCACUGUGGGUCCAGUUCUUGUUCUUCGUGGCCGUGGCCGUCUUCCUCUACUUUGUUUUCACCAAUAUGGAGACAAAUGAAUUCUUCAAAGGAAUCGAAUGAACUUUUUUUCUUCUUUAAAUUGAUGCUGAGGGGUGACACUCCGUUGCAUUUUUAUAUUGAGGAAUGUAUUUUAGACUGGUAGAAAUGGUGGUUUAUACAGUAUUUGUGCGUUCAUACAUGGAUAUCUAUUUGCUUGCUCUAUUUCUGACUGUAUAAAUAUAUAUUUUAUCUAGCUUCACUACAGCACUGCACCAACGAUCCAAGACGAUGCCAGCUGAAGCACACUAAACCUUUGUCUUUUGUGCAAAUAGCAGCUUUCUGUCCAGACACUUGCGGUGUGACUUCUUGAAAUCAUCUGCAGAUGCUCGCCGUUCAAGGUGCUAAAGUUUUAGAUGUGAUAAAUACUAUAAAUAACAGCAUUUCACUCUCAAAUGAGAAAUCUAAUUUUGUCAAAUUUUAACAUGUUUGAAAGUGGGGGUUUUGUCAACUUGAACAAUCAAAAGCCCAUUUGAAUGUUUGUUUUUUAAUAUUUGUAUCUCCAAUGAACCUCUGGUUUAUAGUUGUUUAAUCUGCCUGCUGGGGAAGACUUGUGAGGCGUUGCAAAUGUUCUUUACGUUUGAGCAUGCAGACAGUUUUUGUUUUUUAAUUGUGUUAAUUAAAUUAAAAAAAAUAUAUUUCAGAUUUAAAUUGAAGUGCCUCAGUGUUGUAAUGAUUGGGAUAUAACUGUAAAUAUUUGAAAUGUUUUUCCAGUUGAAAAUAUAAAAGUUGCACUACACGCUGCAGUUGAAUAGGUUAGGCUUUCUUCUGGAAUAAUUGAUAUCACUUUUAUAUUACAUUAUCCAGACAUAUUCAGGUUUGUUGUGGUUUGUUUAUAUUGAUUUCAUUUUAAUAAAGAGCUUAUAUAUAUGUA